AUGUUCAUUCAAAGAACAUUUUUAAAAGUUCUUACUCUUUUGAGUAUAGUAACAGUUUUGGUCCAUGGACAAACUCAACCAAAAGAUAAAAUUACAUUGAAGGCCGUAAUUUAUGAUCAACACAAGUUUUAUAAUCCAAAUUUCCAACCAAAAAAUGAGGGAGAAUUUGUUUUAACUAAGGGAAUUGUCAAAUCAGAUAUUGAUCAAGAAAAAAGAAUUCCAGUUUUAAAUAGUAUGGAUGCCAAUGAUUCUAUAAAUAAAAAGGCAAGAAUUAGUUGGCCAGAUGGUUUUAAGUAUUUUUUUGUAGAUAACCAAGCUGGUGAUUCAAAAUCUGCCAAAUCUGGUAAAAAUCUUCCAAUUCAAAGAGAUAUCGAGUUAAAUUGGAAUGGAGAAGCAUAUGAAUAUAGUAAUUCAAAUUACUUCCCAAUUAACGGACAAGGUUUCAAUGAUGUAAGCUAUCCAGUUCCAAGAGGUUAUGUACCAAUUUCUGGAGAAUCCUGGACAUCAAUGUCAACUUCAACUUCAUUAAAGGGUAAUAACUAUAAUUUUUGUUUAAAAUUAAACUCUAAAUUUACAUACAACGGAAACGAAGUCUUUAAAUUCACUGGUGAUGAUGAUGUAUGGGUAUAUAUUAAUAAUAAGUUGGUUGUUGAUAUUGGUGGUAUCCAUUCACAAGUAAGUGCUUCAGUAGAUGUUACUAAACUUGGUCUCACUGUAGGAACCAUUUAUAACUUUGAUUUCUUUUAUUGUGAAAGAAAAACAAGUGAGUCUAAUAUCAAAAUUCAAACAACAAUUGAAACUUAUUGUGCCUAUGUUGAUUACUGUGGUGUUUGUGAAGGAGAUGGUUCAACAUGUUGCAAUCCAGCUACUACUUGUAAUGAUGGUAAAAGAUGUACUAAUGAUUUUUGUCCAGAUCCAAAAUCCCCAUUAGCUGGAAAAGAUAUUAGCAAAUAUUGUGACCAUAUUCCAGUUAAAACUUGCUCAAGUAAAGAUACAUUAUGUAAACAAUAUACUUGUAGUGAUGAUCUUAAAGGUGAUAUGUGUGUUAUCAAAAAUACUGUCACCUGCCCAGGCAAUCAAACAAACUGUGAAGCCUCUGGUUAUUGUGAUGAUAAAUUUGGUUGUAUUAAUCCAUCAAAAUGUACAGAUUACAUUGGUCAAUGCUUUUCUGGUAAAUGUGUAAAUGGUGAAUGUGCAAAGGUUACAGCAGACGAUUGCGAAAAAAUAAUUGGAGGUGUAUGUAGAUCAGACUAUGUUUGUGAACCAGGUCUCGGCUGCAAAUCAUCAGAGAGAUGUAGACAAGGUAGUGAUAUUUGUGAUCUUGUAACUUGUGAUCCAAAAGCAACUGACGAAUCAAAGAGAUGUAUUACCACUGUUUUAACUGACGAAGAAUGUAGAUGUUGUGAAUAUGAUACAUUGAGAUUCUGUGAACAAGCUGCAUGUAGUAAUAAAACCGGUCUUUGUCAACCAAUUCCAAAGAAUGUAGAUGAUGGUAAUUUAUGUACAAUCGACGCCUGUAAUGAAGAUGAAAAAACCAUCACCCACGUUCAAGUUACAUGUGGUGGUUGUGAAACCUGUUCAUACGCUACCGGUAAAUGUGAACCAGAUAGUUCACUUUGUAAUGAUAACAAUAUUUGUACCAUUGAUAUUUGUGUCCAUGAAGGUAUUCUCGAUGGUCUACCACAAGGUAAUUGUUCAAAUACUCCAGUUGAUUGUGGUGCCAAUGAUGAAGAUAAAUGUAAAACUUGGUCUUGUGAUCCAACUAAAGGUGGCUGUCAAUCAACCCCAGUCGUUUGUGAAGAUAAAGGUAAAUGUUUAGUUGGUACUUGUCAACCAUCCACUGGUCAAUGUGAAUACUCUGAUAGAGUUUGUGAUAAUGGUGGUGCUUUCUGUGUUAUUGGCCAAUGUGAUCAAAGACUUGGUUGUUUAGUUUUCGAUAGAGUUUGUUCAUCUGAUAAUAGUAGAUGUGAAGAAGGUGUUUGUGUAAAUGGUACUGAAUCUGAAGAAGGUCAUUGUAAAUCUGUUAAAUAUGACCCAUUACCAUUCAAUUGUAAUACUGGUGCUGUUGUUUCAACUGCUGUUAUUGCUGGUUCUACUGUCGCUGGUGCUGUUGCUCUUGGUAUUUUCCUUUAUGGUGGUAAAAAAGGUUAUGACUAUUGGAAAGACUCAAGAAAUAUUUCAAUGGGCUCAUCAAAUAGUAAUCCAUUGUAUGAAGAACAACAAACUGGAAGAGGUGUCAACCCAAUGUAUGACGAUCCAGCUGCUAAUUAA